AUAAUACUGAUAGUGAACAAUGUAUAUUUGACUCAAUACCCGAUGAUGAUGUUAUUGAUUCUAAUUUGGUGAAUGAAAAUCUGGACAAGUUGUGCACUACUUGUGUUGUAUCUAAAGAUAUAAUUGAAGUUUCCAGUGUUAGCUCUACAACUGAAAAUAUAAGUGGUUCAAACGUAGAGAGUUAUCUUAAUACUAUUUCUACUAUAUUUGAAAGUUAUCCAAAUGAUCCAGCUUUAAUUCCUACAUCAAAUAUUUCUGAUGAACAGUUUUCAUUUAUUAAUUCACUUGGGCCUUGUCAACCUUUACAAUCUAGUUUACCAGGAAAACAAUUCCCAAAAAGAAUGCAAGGAGAAAGACUGAGAUCAUUUCAUGAUGAGCACUACUUCAAGAAACUUCAAUAUGGAUCACUGGUUAAACGUAUGUGGAUGUCAUAUUCUCCAUCCGUUGAUAAAGUGUAUUGUAUUGCAUGUAAACUAUUUGGAACAUCAACAGCUAAGAAAAAUCCUUUAGCUAAAGAUGGAAUAAAUGAUUGGAAACAUAUUUCUAGAAGAAUUUUAUGCCAUGAAACGUCAUCUGAUCAUUUACAAGCGGUUUUAAGAAAAUCUAUGUAUAAUUCAAAUCAACGGGUAGACGUUGGACUGAUUUUAGAAUCAUCUAACGCUUAUGUUGCCGAAAACAGAGAAGUUGUUAAAAUUAUAUUUGAAACUAUAAUUUAUCUUGCUCGGCAAAAUAUACCAUUUCGAGGGCAUGAUGAGAGUUUAACUUCUUUAAAUAAGGGAAAUUUUCUAGAGAUGUUAAAACUAUUGUCAAAACACCAUGCGUUGCUCUCAUGUCAUCUUAGAAAAAUUGAAGAUUCAAAAAACCACAAUCGUCUGACAUUUUUAUCGAAUGUAAGUCAAAAUACAAUGAUUUGUAUUCUUGGUGAGCUGAUUCAUUCAAAAAUAUUAAAAAGUGUUAAAAGUGCUCAAGUAUUUUCUAUUAUGAUAGAUACAACCACGGAUAUAUCCAACUUGGAACAAUUUUCAUUAGUAUUGCGUUUUGUUAAUGAUCAAGGGAUGGUAGAAGAGAGGUUAGUUGCUUUAAAAAUAGCAACUGACUCAACCGGAAAAGGAAU